AUGGUAAACAUUUGCUUAAUAUGUGAUUUUUUCUAUCCUUGUUUAGGCGGUGUAGAAAUGCAUAUCUUUUAACUUGGAUUAUGUAUUGAAGAUUUAAGUAUAUUUAGGUUUAAUUGAAAGAGGGCACAAAGUUAUAGUAAUAACACAUAGAUAUUAAGGAAGGUCUGGAGUUCGAUAUAUGACUAAUGGAUUAAAAGUUUAUUAUUGUCCAUUCAUUCCUGCCAUUUAAACAGUUGUUUUAUUUACUUAUGUUGGUACCCUCCCAAUAUUUAGAUAAAUAUUAUUAAGAGAAGAAAUACAUGUUGUACAUUCUCAUGCAGCUACAUCAUAUUUAGGUGGAGAAUUAUUACUUCAUGCUAAAUCUAUGGGAUUCAAAACAGUAUUUACUGAUCAUUCUUUGUUUGCAUUCAAUGAUGCAUCAUCUUUUCAUGUUAAUAAAAUUCUAAAAUACAUUUUGUGUGAAAUUGAUCAUUCAAUAUCUGUAUCUCAUGUAAGCAAAGAGAAUUUAUCAAUGAGAGCAUCUUUAGAUCCUAGAAAUAUUUCUGUAAUUCCAAAUGCAGUUGAUUGUAGUAGAUUCACCCCAAAUCCUUAAAAAAGAUAUCCUCUUAAUACAAUUAAUAUUGUGGUUAUAUGUAGAAUGACAUUCAGAAAAGGAGUAGAUUUAUUAGUGGAUGUCUUAUAAAUAAUUUGUAAAUAGCAUCCAGAGGUAUAUUUUAUAAUAGGUGGAGAUGGACCAAAGAAAAGAAUUCUUGAAGAAACCAUUUAAAGAUAUAACUUAUAAAAUUAAACUGAAUUAGUAUAUUUUAUUGAUAAAAAUAGUUAGGAAGUGUUCCAGGUCAUUAGGUGAAAGAUGUACUAAAUAGAGGUCAUAUAUUCUUAAAUACAUCAUUAACAGAAGCAUUUUGUAUAGCAAUAGUUGAAGCUGCAUCAUGUGGAUUAUGUGUUGUUUCAACUAAUGUUGGAGGUAUUAGUGAAGUAUUACCUAAAAAUAUGGUAUUGUAUGCAGAUCCAAAUCCUGAAGAUAUUUGUCAGAAAAUAGUAUAAGCAAUUCCAAUAGCUAAAAACUUUUAAGUCUAUUAAUAACAUGAACUUAUUAAGAAAAUGUAUAGUUGGGAAUAGGUGGCAGAGAGAACUGAAAAAGUUUAUUAUAAGAUACUAUAAACAUAAAAUUAAACAAUAUUAAAAAGAUUUAAAGAUUGUUAUAGCAAUGGAUAAAUAUAUGGAUUAUAUUUAAUGAUUCUCUUAAUAUUAGAUUUGAUUUUUUUAAGAAUUUUAGAUUUCCUUUAACCUCAUUAAACAAUUUAAAAAUCAGGAAUUUUCAAUAAAAUUUAUAAGAAUUAAAAAGAAAAGUUUGGGGAUCAUUAAUUUAAAGCAUAAUAAUAAAUUUGA